GUCGCUGAUGCCAACCAUUUACGUUGAUCGUUCUUCGCUGCGCCUCUUCGGUCCAACGAUGGACUUAAAAGGGAUGGAUGAGACGAACCAUGAGCACAAAAGGCUUCAAAACUCUACAAACAGCAAGAGUAAUAUGCUACUUGUCAAACGUCCUAUUUUGGUAUCAGGACGUGUGCGAGUCUCACUGAGAGCUCCGGGAAAACAUCAGAAACCAAACAUUUUCAGCUGAGGAAUAAGCCACAAAGUGACGUAAACGUUAUUCCUUUGUUACAACAUAAAAGGUGAAGUAUUAACUGAAAUAGACCCUCGCCAGUCAUGGAGGGAAGGUGGAGAAAGUUUUCACUACUAAUCGAGGACGUGAAAAAGUUAACAAAACCGCUACAAGAAGAUACAGAAAAAAUUGCUUAUAUUUUGAAGGAUUACGAGGAGAGACUAAGUGUUGAGGGAGCAACGCUUAAGGAAUAUGAUGAAUUGAGCCAAUUAUCCCAAAGCCUCAACAAAGUAAUGGAUGAUUUGAAGAAUGUUCGGGAAAAGGAAGCCUCGAAAGAUAUACUCAUUCAAUUUGUUGGAACAACCGGUAGUGGCAAAUCAUCCCUUAUAAACGCUCUACUCGGCGAACGUCGUCUGCCUGUUGGAUUCAUGCAAACAACCAUGUGUUCCUUUAGAGUUUGCAACACUGAGAACAGCGAGUGGAGUAUUGAAAUCAUUGGCGAAAAUGGACGCAAAGAGAUUCUCUCGGAGGGAACUGACGACAAGACUGUAAGUAAUCUCUUGAAUAAAAUGGGUGGUUAAAAAAAUGAACAGCUACGGAAAGAGAAGGGAAUAGGUCUAAGGACCAUUAUACAGGUAAAUUGGCCUGCGAACAAACGCAAAAAGUUACCACGAAACGUUAUCUUGUGUGACACACCCGGCUUUGGAGAGAGUGAUGAAGACAUGGAGCUUGUCACCCAGACGUGCAAAAAGGCAGACGUAGUUGUAGCCGUAAUGGAUUCCAUGGCGCCGUCAAGAGGGAGACUCAUUAACCUGGUGAAAAAUGUUGGCUGCCAAUUUACUUUUGGAGUCUUCACCAAAUGGGACGAAUGCAUAAGAAAAGCGCAAGAAGCAGGAGACGAGAGCGUCCGCAAUGUGGUAAAACUUGCCAAUGAUUACAUUAAGGAGUUCUGUGAAGUGCUUCAAGGGAAAGGCAAAGCUUACUUUGUGAACGUCAAAAACUUUGAAAAUCCUGAUGAUAUAUUUCAUCAGUUAGAGAACAAACUGGCCACGAGUGCAACAGAGUUGAAGAGAGAGUCACUAACACAACAGGCAAAAUCUGUAGCUUUGCAUUCCAGGAAGGUCUGCGAAAAGCUGAAAACUGUCAUUGAAACCAGAAAGAGUGAAAAGCUAACUUGUCUGCAAACAGAGUUGGUUUGGUUAAUAGAAGACAGCGUGAAGCUACAAAAAGCUCUUGAUGACAUCAAGAGUAAGGAUGAGGACCUAGAAAUUUUAACCGACGACGCAGUCCAACUGUUAUUAAAAGAGAUUGAAGACGAAUUGGUCAAAGGCACAUCAGAAGAAGAGGCUGUUAAACACUUUCUCGACGAAGUCAAUAGAGAGGUCCAAAACCAUUUGAAUCACAAAAGAGAUAUAACUCGUGCUACCCUCCAAGAAUGGAAGAAAAACAUGCAAUUCCGCAAGUUACAGUCUGUCAAUAUACCUCCGUCUCAAGCACCUCCUCAGCUUGCAAGUCAAGAUUUACCUGAAGUCAAAUACAAGUGGUAUUGCGACUUUGAUUAUGUCCUCAAGAACAAGUUCACUUUUGCAGCCUUGGUUGGUGCAGCAGCUACCCUCAUUGAGCUAGUGAAAGACGUAGGUUGUCCAUUCACUUUUGGAGUCUUUACAAAAUGGGACGAGUGCUUGAGAAAAGCGGAGAAAGAAGGAGAUGACACCGUCAAAAAUGUGACAGAAACAGCCGAGGUCUUCAAAAAGGAAUUCUGGGAGGCUCUUCAAGGGAAAAGCAAAGUUUACUUCGUUAACGUGGAAAACUUUUUAGAACCUAACUCCAGUUUUCAAGAGUUCGAGCGCACCUUGGCCACGAAGGCAACAGAGAUAAAAGGCAAGUCAUUAACAGAGCAGGCGAAAUCUAUCGCUUUACGAUCCUUGGAGUACUGCGAUCGGUUAAAAAAAGCCAUCGGAAAGAAGAAGACAGAAAAGCUACAGCGUCUAGGUGAAGAGUUGGCUUCCGCGAAGAAAGGUAGUAAGACUCUACAUAAUCCUUUUGAAAGCAUCAAGAGUGAAGAUGAGGAUUUACAAGUUUCCACCAGCGACACAAACCUGUUAGAGGAAGUAAAUAAGAAGUUAAGUGAAGGAGCAUUAGAAGAACAUUCUGUCGAAUUCUUCCUCAAAAAGAUUAACGAGAAGACCACAAAGGCUAUCGCAAGCAAAAGAGAUGAAAUCAGUAAAGCAUACCAAGACUGGAAAAAAAACACAGCAUGCCGCAAGUUUCAGUCUUUCAAUUUACGGUUUCGUGAACCUCCACAGCUUCAGUAUCGAGAAUUACCUAAAGAAGAAUACAACUGCUUAUUUGACCCUCAUUACUACUACACAAAUAACUUUAUCUUGCCCUGCACUUUUGGUGUUGUAGCUUUAGCAAGUCCAGCUGUUGCUCUCCUUGUUGCCGUCAAAGCAGGUGCGUGA